AUGAAUUAGGCUGUAAAAACUAUAUUUUUGUUACAGAGAAUCUAAUCUUGUAAUAUGGACAAAGAAACAUCGGAUUUUCUUAUUCUGCAAGUUAUAUUGGAGGUCUAUAAUUAUUGUAAUCACGCCAAUCCUUCUUUUGCCGAUUGCUCUAAUUGGAGAAAAUCAAGCGUACCCUAGUUUCUUCGUGUUUCUUGUAACGGGUGUGUACUGGAUAGCGGAUGUGUUGCCACCAGCGGCCAUCUCCCUCGUCCCAUUGGCUUGUUACGGCGUUAUGGGCACCGGGUACAUCCAACAGAUAUACAUGUGCAAUGAAGUCCUGGACUGCCUCGGCGUGAUGAUGCUGAUGGCUGCAGUAGAAAAUAGCCAAGUACACAAGAGGGCAGCACUGAGACUACUCAUCACUAUCGGGUGCUCACAUUACAGGUUAAGUUUGGUGCUGUUCUUCAGUGCCAUGUUCCUGUCAAUGUGGGUGCCUAAUACGGUGGCCUGCGGUCUUCUGAUGCCUUUGGUCAAGGCUUUACUGCAGGAACUUGAAAAGAUGGGAAUAGUCGAUAUGUAUCAAACUAUUGAAAAAACUGAACAAAGAUCUCAUAAACAUGAAUUGAGUCGUCCAAAACCUACAGAUUUCACUGUGUUUUACUUUUUGGGUGUUGCAUAUUCCUGUUCAAUAGGUGGCAUGGCGACGUUGCACGGCAGUCAGGCAAAUCAAAUAUUCAAAGAAUAUAGCGAAUUACUGUUCCCUAAGCUUGGCAAGAUCACAUUCCCCCAGUUCAUGCUGCUGACGCUACCAGGAGUGCUGGUCACGGAGACGCUACUCUACUUCUGGAUGAACUCCUUCUUCUUAAAAAUUUUUAGGUCUAGUGACGUGGCGAUCCCGACAGGGCUGACGGAGGAAGAAGCCCGCUACAUUAAGACUCUGCUGCGAAACCAGUACACCCAGCUGGGGAAGAUCAAGUUCCAUGAUGUUGUCGUGGCCACGGCUGUCCUGUUGACGGUGGCUCUGCAAAUGUUUACAAGCUCCUUACAUCUCGACAGCGGGCUGCAGAGAAAUAUUAACAUGCACACCAAGGUGUCAGCCCCAACUAUCUUCUGUGUAUUGCUCCUGUUCGUUAUGCCAUCAGACUUAGAAUUUGUGAAGUUCUUCAAGAAACGCAACAACGGAAUGCAUCGCCGUUUACCGACUGCGCCAAGUAAGGCGUGCCUCAAUUGGACAAUCGUACGAGAGGACAUGAUGUGGGGCGUUCUAUUUACAGUAGGCGGCAGCUGCGCGUCUUUCGAAGCGCUAAAGCGCUCCGGAAUGACGGCAGAAUUCGGCAAGUUUCUUCAGCUGAUGCACAACUGGCCAAGCCCUGUGGUGGCACUAGUGGUCAUCCUCUUCUGCAAGGUCCUCACGGAGUUUGCCAGCAACUCCUGUGUGGUAUACGCAGUGCUGCCAGAGAUAGCAGCCUUGAGCAUCAGUUCCUACACACACCCCCACUACCUGAUGCUGGCCGCGACCCUGGCCAGCUCCAUGUCGGCCCACCUGGCACCGUCUACACCGUGUCUGGCCUUGGUCAGCCAGUACGUCCACAUUUCUACGUGGAGGAUGAUGUCAGCCGGCGUGGGGCCCUCGGUCAUCGCUGUCAUCGUCACCUGGUUCACCGUCACUCUCUGGUCGAAGGUCAUCAUACUCGACUAAGCUUAAUUUGCACCCAGGCCCCUUUUUGGCCAACUUGAAAAUUGACAUAAAUGUUCUCUACGUAGGUACAUUUCUGGGCGCGUAGCCAACGUGCCAAUCGUCAACGCUCUGUAGCGUAUCGUAGUCAUCUUUCUCUAUCACUCUUCCACACUAGUGCGACAGUGACAGUUGCGUUUCGUUCGCUACAGAGCGUUAGCGAUUGCACGUUGGUUAGGUACGCAUCAGUCGCUAAGUAACGUAAGUACCUUUACUACCUUGUUCGUUUUUUUUUAGCAUUAGAAAAAGACUACGCGAUCUUGACGAGUCUUUUAAUUGCAAAACGCUUUUUAAAAAUCAGUAACUAUUACUAAUGAAAGCAAAAUAAUGUAAAUAAUCAUAAUUGUUUAGCCACACUCGUGGCUUCGCACACGAGUGUGGAGCGGGCUUUACAUAUUUGCCGUGACUUAUUUUUUAAAAGUGUUAUUCACACAGAACACCGCCUCUAGAAACCUAAUAUUGGCCAUUUUGUUCCCGACGCAAAUCA